AUGGAAUUGAGUCCACAUCAGUGCAAGUCCCUGAUGCACUUCCUUGUCUUCGUGUCCCCAGGGCGUCUGAGAGGAGCCAGCUUCCUGGGGCUGGGACCAACCACCAUGGCUGUGUCCCUCACACCUAAGCAGUGGAAAUAUGUUUAUGACAACACAACAGAGAGAAGUACAAAUGGGAGUUUAGGUUUUGUGGCACCAGGAGAAUUUUAUUUAAGUUACUGGAUGGAUAUCCUCUCUCUGCUCAUUGUCCUGCUUGGGCUGGUGGGGAACAGCCUCAUCCUGUGGCUCCUGAGCUUCCGCAUCCCAGGGCCUCCCUUCUCUGUUUACAUCCUCAACCUGGCCGUGGCCAACGUCCUCUUCCUUUGCAGCUUUUUUUUCCUCCUCAUACUGAAGUCGGCUGGAUAUUACACUCAUGUCGACAUUUACGACGUUCUGAUAAACGCCACAUUCUUUUUCUACUGUGUGGGCCUGAGCCUCCUGGCUGCGAUCAGCACCGAGCGCUGUCUAGCCAUGCUCUUCCCCAGCUGGUACCUCCAUCGCCGCCCCAAGUACACGUCUACCGUUGUGUGCCUUGUUCUAUGGGCUCUACCCGGCCUGUUCUGGGGACUAGAUUUUGUCCUUUGUCAUUACGUAAGCAGUCGGGUUCUCUGUCGCAAAUUCCCCGGCGUACCGGUGGUGUGCUCCCAGCGCCGGCAGCCCCCCAGGCUCUACCUCCUGGUCCUGCUCAUGGUCCUCGUGUUCCUGCUCUGUGGCCUGCCCAGAGGAAUCCAAGACGGAAUAUUGGGUUUCCCCUUAGAUUUCAUGCCUCCUUGGCUCACCGCGUUCCUGGCCUGCCUAAACAGCAGCUCGCACCCCUUCAUUUACUUCUUGCUGGGCUGCCUAAAGCGUACAAGAGGGAAGGAUCCCCUCAGGGUGGUUCUCCAGAGGGCCCUGGUGGACAAGCAGAAGUUGGAAGGUGGGAGAAGGGACAUCGGCCACACCAAGGCCUGGGAGACGUCAUUUUAA